CAUCCGCCAUGUUUGCUGUUCGCAACAACUAAUAAUUUGUUUUUGUUUUUCUCAUUUUCUUUAAUUAAAAAUGUUUACAAUUUAAAUCUUAUUUAACUAUUGUUUCGGACAAAAUACCGGUCCUACAAUUUGUCGUAACUCUAUCCGAAAGCUUAAUUGUUACAAUCAAUGAAGUGGGUGCGAGUGGCUAAUAGUACUGGGCCGUCGCCGCGUCCAAGGCAUGGUCACCGUGCGGUUGCUAUAAAAGAUUUGAUUAUAAUAUUUGGUGGUGGCAAUGAGGGAAUAGUUGAUGAAUUACAUGUUUACAAUACAACUACUAACCAAUGGUUUAUACCACAAGUAAAAGGUGAAAUACCACCGGGAUGUGCGGCAUACGGUUUUGUCUGCGAUGGUACUCGUUUACUCGUAUUUGGGGGCAUGAUCGAAUAUGGAAAAUACAGUAAUGAACUAUAUGAAUUACAAGCAUCUAGAUGGGAAUGGAGGAAACUUAAACCAAGACCACCCAAGAAUGGGAUUUAUCCAUGUCCACGGCUUGGACACUCAUUUACCCUUAUACAGAACAAAGUUUAUCUUUUCGGAGGUUUAGCUAAUGAUUCAGAUGAUCCAAAGAACAAUAUUCCCAGAUAUUUAAAUGAUUUAUAUGUUCUUGAAAUGAAACCCUUUCUGUCCACCAUGCAAUGGGAAUUAGCGCAAACCUAUGGUACACCUCCUCCUCCAAGGGAGAGUCAUUCUGCAGUUGCGUACAUGGGAGCUGAUGGUAAACAUCCAAAGCUUAUCAUAUAUGGCGGGAUGUCAGGAUGUAGACUCGGGGACUUAUGGCAGUUGGAUAUUCAAACUAUGCAUUGGUCAAAACCUUUCGUUGAGGGUAUUCCUCCAUUACCUAGAUCACUUCAUUCUGCUACUCUUAUUGGUAAUAAAAUGUAUGUUUUCGGUGGCUGGGUACCACUUGUGUAUGAUGAUGAUAAUCGAGGUCAACAGCCAGGUAAUGUACAUGAAAAAGAAUGGAAAUGUACCAAUACCUUAGCAACCCUUAAUUUAGACACAAAUAGAUGGGAAUUAAUCACCAAUGAAUCAUUUGAUGACAGUGUACCAAGAGCUCGUGCUGGUCAUUGUGCAGUUGCAAUAUCAACUCGAUUGUAUAUAUGGUCAGGUCGAGACGGUUAUCGUAAAGCUUGGAAUAAUCAAGUCUGUUGUAAAGAUCUUUGGUUCCUUGAAACAGAAAAACCCUCACCUCCCAGUAGAGUACAAUUAGUUCGUACAGCAACAGAUACACUAGAAGUAUGUUGGGGUGUUGUACCAACUGCAGACAGUUAUAUUCUUCAAAUUCAAAAUUAUGAUCCUCCUCAGACUACAGCAAAUUCGAGUGGUACUACUGGUCAACAUCCACCUGGUAUACCAUUAGUCAAAACACCACCCGCGACACCUGCUACCUUACCAUCAAUACCUGUCCAAAAUUCAUCGAAAGUAGCCAAAGUCAUUCAGCAACCCGUUGUCAAGAUGCCUCUUUCCCAAAAUCCAGGACAAAUUCCCACAAUAGUUCAGUCUUCACUUACUUCUCUUCAAUCUCCAACCCAAACGCCAAUUCAAUCUCAGACGGUCACUGAGUCUAAAUUAGUGACGACAGCUCCAACUGUCAUAUCCAAUGUUUUCAGAACAAUUAGUGAUUCUAAUCUUAUCCAAUCAAGGACAACUGUCGCCAGUACAAAUCUUAGUAAAACACCAACAUUAAGCCAAACCACCACAGCUACUACAACAGCUUCUACAAUUGUGACACCAGUUGUUAGAACGACCACCGCAUCAUUAACCCCACAGAUCGUUACAACUCCCAUUUCAUCAUCAACUUUAUCAACCAAUAAUACGGCUGUUGUAUCAAAUCAAACACAACAACCACCAACAACAGCUCAAAGUCAACAAGCAAUGUCAGGAAUGGCUGCAUUGGUUGCUGCCGCUGAAAGAAAGACCAAAAUUGAACCUCAAAUUCAACAAACCAUUGCCGGUAAUCCAGCAAUUAAACAAGUUGUGGUUAGCAGUGUUGGUGCUACUCCCGGUACACAAACUCAAUUGAUGUUUGUUAAAACUGCUUCUGGUAAUCUUCAAUUAGCACAAACACAAGGAGGUAAAAUUAGUAAUGCAACUUAUGUGAGAUUAGUUCAACCAACUACUCAAUCAAGUUCUACUACUGGUUCUAUCAAAGGUAUUCCUCAGGUUGUCCAAAUUCCAGGAGGAGUAACCCAAGGAGUAGGAGGACAGAAAGUAGUUAUAAAGACAAUUCAAACAUCAACACCACAAAGUUCAUCUGGAUCACCGAAAUCAACAACCCCAGUUGUUGUCACUUCAUCCGGUGGUACCCCUGGUGGAACUGCUCAAACAAAGACGAUCUGUGUUUCAGCAGGAUCAUUGAAACCUGGUACCUCAGCAAACACUUUACCCGCCAGAUUGGUAACCAACCCUGCUGGUGUUAAAAUGCUGGUGAUAUCAAGCCCACAAGGGCAGGGUGGACAAGCACAACAAAUCGUGAUGAAUCAAGGUGGUUCUGGUCAACAGCCCAUCACCCUUCAACUGGCUAACUUAGCUGGAGGUGUUGGUGGUACCAAAUUCACAAUUCCAGGUUUACAAAAAGGUUUAGUUACUACCUCUCAAGUUGCCACUUCAACUGGACAAGCUGUGACAGUGGCAUCCGCUGCAACAGGUACUACACUAAGUGGUCAAAAAAUUAUCCAACUACCGCCUGGUACUCAAUUAUCAGGUAUGAGACUUGUACAAGCAACAUCGAGUCCUCAAAAUGCCGGUGCCACGAGAGCGCAAGGGCCUACAAGAUAUGUGUUAGUUUCACAGCCUGGAACCGCAGUUAGACCUCAAGCAGUUCCAGUUCCAGCUACAGUUAAAACAGAAAGUCCAAAAGUCCCCCAAUUUGACGGUGCUGUUGAUGAAGAAGAUUCUGAGACUACUGAGACUCAAGUUAAAAAAGAAGAAGAAGAAGAUCAAACUCCCACUGUAGUUACAUCUACAAGUGACUCGAAACCAUCAGAAGAGAAAAAUUUGGAAGAUCAAAUGAAAGAAACUGUAAAGACUGUCGAUGAAAACGAUCAGAUUAAAACUGAUGAGUCUGUUGAACAAGCAAUAGAAGCUUCUGAUAACAAUGAACAAUCGGUCAAUCAACCAGAAUCUACUUUCAUCAAGUCUGAAUCUGUCUCUGAAAAAUCUGAACCAAAUAUUGGACAAUCAAAAAGUGAAGAAGGUACAAAUAUUGAGGAACAAGACAAAGAAUCACUUGGGCCAAGUGACUUAGGUAACACUGACCAAGCUGAUGCUGAGAUGAAAUCUUUUGAUGAAACAUCUAAAGUGACUGAAGAAACUGAAAAAUCUGGUGAAAUGAUUGAUUUGCCUAAAGAGAUUGAAGAAAAUGCAUCAAGCACUUCUAAUUUACAACAAGAAGAUCAGAGAAAUGACGAUGGACUUGGUGAUGCAUUGGCCGAUAAAUCAAGUCAAGAUUUGCUUAACGACAUAAUCAAAGAAGAGUUUAAAAAUAUUGAAUCAAAUGAACAGGCAAACAACAUUUCAACAACCAUUGGAGAAACUUCAUUAAUUGACAGUGGAAAAGAAUCGUUACAAUCAACAGCUCGAGAAGAGUUAAAGCCUGUUGAGACAGAGCCUAUGGAGACACAGUCAGAAACCUCUGAUCAAGUUGAACAGCCUGAAAACCAACAGAGCAACAAUCAAACAAGCCUCUCAUCGAUAUCAAUUAAACCAGAUCCAGACAAUUCCCCGGAACAAUCAAAUACCAAUGUUGAAUCAACAUUGUUAGGUCAAAUCACAUCAUCUUCUUCAUCUCUUAUUGCCCCUUCAUUGAAAGUAGAAAUGCCCGGACUAGAGCCACCCGAACAAAUGUGCGCUGAUGAUCCCGAACCAGCUCUUCCAACAAUUCCAACAAUUUCAACAAUAGUUCGUGAAACUAAACGACCAGCCACCAGCUCUUUAAGCCAAGAAUCUGACUCUGAUCCAUUAUCGACUCUUGCUUUAGCAGCUACUGGUGAUUUAAGGAAUAAACAACAUCAACCAUCUACAUUAUCAUCAUCUUCAUCCUCAUCUUUGACAGCAACAUCAUCAACAUCAAUAUCACUAAUAGCAACAUCAACAAACACCAGUCAACAAUUACAACAAUCAUUAGCUGAUAAGAUCAGUGAGAGUUCAUCUAAUUUAAGACCUUUAGGAGUUGUUAAAACUGAAAAUACUUCUAACCUUUUAAAACCAGUAGCAGCAGUCGCUCCAACUACAACUUUAACAACUUCAUCCAUUAAAUCAACUCAACAAACUCUAUUGAACAGCUCCAGUCUUAAUUCAACGUCUCAGUUAACCCCACACUCCGUUUUAUCCAAGAAAAACCAGUGGUACGAUGUCGGUAUUUUCAAAGUCAAUCAGUGUGUUGCAUCUCAUUACUAUGUACCUGCUGAUGGAGAUACAUUUUUAUCCUCUGACUCUCAAGAUGGAGAUAAUUUUAUACCACCCAAUUAUUCAAGUAUGAUAAAGAUGAAUUUACAACCGGGAACCGCAUACAAAUUACGAGUUGCUGCAAUUAACUCAUGUGGUCGUGGUCCAUGGUCUGAAGUAACAGCAUUCAAAACAUGUUUACCCGGUUAUCCAGGAGCUCCAUCAGCGAUUAAAAUAGUUAAAAGUUCAGAAGGUGCUCACCUUUCAUGGGAACCACCACAAUUUACUUCAGGAGAAAUUACUGAAUAUUCAGUUUACUUGGCUGUUCGAUCAACUCAAUCUGGUGUCUCACCUGGUUUAACACCAAAUCCUCCUCAAUUAGCCUUCAUCAGAGUUUAUUUUGGACAAGCAAAUUCAUGUGUCGUGUCAAAUAUUCAUUUAGCAACAGCUCAUAUUGACACAUCUACUAAACCAGCCAUUAUUUUCAGAAUUGCGGCAAGAAACGAAAAAGGUUAUGGUCCAGCUACACAAGUUAGAUGGUUACAAGAUUCAAACGUUUCAGGAAUUUCUAAAGGAUUACCGAAAAGAACCACAUCUACUUUAUCCACUACAGACAACAGUGUACCUUCUAAAAGAAUCAAAUUAGAAUCUGAACAUUGAUUUGGCAAAGAUGAAAAUUUAUAUAUAAAAACACAACUCGAUUAACAAAUAUUCCUCCAUCAAAGACAAAACAACAACAACAACAACAACAACAACAACACCAAUAGAAUUGAGUGGGAAAAAUAAAUACCAACAAUUCCAAGUGAAUCUAUUGAUAGGAUUAGAUUAGUGACUGUAAAAUCAUUUUAUCCUUCAAUCAGAGUUGAACAAUCAGUGAUGGGCAUCAAAGAUUUAAUCAUUCAAAUACAUUCAAUGGUCAACAAAAUUGUCAAUCAAGGUGUUUAUGAGUGUGUGUGUCCAUCUCUCCCUCUCUCACACACUCACCAAGGAUAUAACAUUUUGACCAAAAUUGAAGCUCUCUAACUGCAUGUGUGUUGGUAAAAUCUGCUUACUUUCUCUCUCUCUCUCUCUUUUUAUGUCUUGUUGAUUAUGAUCGUGAUCAUCUUAUUGAUGAUGGUAAAAUGUAUCUCUGGACACAUUUGGACAGAGUUAAUUGAGGAGAAAAGGUUAAAUUCACACAAUUAAUAGAUAAAAAUUGAUUCAAUUUGUAUAAGUUCAGCAUCAGCUGAUUUUAAUGUAAUCAUAUUUAAAAGAGAUUUGAAUCAAAUUAUCAAUUAAUUUUGAUGCAUUUAAUUUACAUAUAAAAAAAACCCCAAUAUUUACCAUUACGAUUAUGAUCUAAACAAAGAAAAUCAAAUCUUCAUUCAUUUUCUAUUCAAAACUGAUUUAAUUAUCAUCAUUUUUAAUUGCACUGUUACCCCCCUUUUGGUCUAUUCGUUUAAUUAACGUAAAUCUUUCCCCUCAAUUUUAAAACCAAUGUCUGAAUAUAUCAUAUUUGCUUACAGCCUGAAACCCCAAGGAGAAGGAGAAGUUAAUUGUAAACAGUGAUUAUCCUAAUUAAAAAAAAACGGACUUCGAUCCAUUUGUGACCCUUCAUCGAUUUUGCUUAAACUCAUAAAUAAAAUAAAUUUGCUUACGCCGAAAA